CAAAAACCAAAACGACGAGCCGUUCCCUCUUCUUCGCGCCUCGCUUCUUCUUCUUCUUCUACUUCGUUCUCCGCACGAACCCCGCCUGAAAUCCCAACCAGCUUCUGUCGAAGUCGAAACUGAUGCUGAUCGAUCGAUCCAAGAGAGGUGUUAUAAUCUCGCAUUCACGGCGAUCUUCUCGAAAACUUUCGUAUUGGGUUCUUGUUGUUCCUCGUUCCGCUGCACGUAAAGGUGUUUGGUGUUUGUCCUGAGUGAGAGGCGUUUGCUUUUCUUGGGCUUGUUUCUUGAAUUUGGAGCCAAACACUAGCAUCUUGAGAUGACCCGUCUUCGAAUCAUUGGUAAAACCGUAGCUUCCUCGAAUGAGUGGGGCGCGGCAAGAGAGUUCGGUUGCUUUGUGGCCUCGCCAGUGCGUUUGCCUACCCUGAGAAGAAACUGGAGUUUUGGCGAGGUUUUACUUAGCUGGCCGCAGCAUAGAUUCAUGACUACCAGCAAGAGAGUGCAAGAUAGGAGCAAGGACAAGAGGGUCCAUUAUCUCGAAAUCGCCACCGAGAAGCAUAAAGUGGUUUCGAAGGUAUUGGUUCUGAUGGAAAUGUUGAAGAAGGAACCCGAGAUGAUAAUCCCUGUGAGGUCGCUGGAUCGAUGCCGGAAUCAGAUUAAUCUUCCCAGGCCACACAGUAUAGUGGAUUUUAUUCAGAAGUCGCCAAAACUGUUUGAGUUGUGUAAGGAUCGGAAGGGGGUAUUGUGGUGUGGAAUGACUAAAGAAGCUGAAGACUUGUUAGAGGAAGAGGAGAAAUUGAUUAGGGAACACUCUGGCAAAGCUGCUGAAUACGUGACUAGGAUGCUGAUGAUGUCAGCUGAUAAACGGCUUCCACUGGACAAAAUUGCUCAUUUCAGGAGAGAGUUUGGUUUGUCAGCUGAUUUUAGGAGCAAGUGGGUACACGAGUAUCCACAGCACUUCCAAGUGGUUAAAUCUCUGGAUGAAGUUGAUUAUCUCGAGCUCGUAGAGUGGAAUCCUGCUUGGGCCAUCACAGAGUUGGAGAAAGCCGUACUUGGGGUAUCAGAAUCUGCCUCUCAUGCUCCAGGGUUGCUUUCCCUAUCUUUCCCCUUGAAGUUUCCUGCCACUUACAAGAAGGUGUAUAGAUAUGGAGGGAAGAUUGAGCACUUUCAGAAAAGGUCUUACUUAUCUCCUUAUGCUGAUGCACGUGGCCUCCAACCUGGAUUGAAGGAAUUCGAUAAGAGGGCCAUUGCGGUGAUGCAUGAGUUACUGAGCUUCACGAUGGAAAAGAGGUUGGUGACUGAUCACCUCACCCACUUUCGACGGGAAUUCGUGAUGCCUCAGAAGCUGAUGAGACUCUUUUUGAAGCAUUUUGGCAUUUUCUAUGUCUCUGAGAGAGGGAAGAGGUUUAGCGUGUUCUUGACAGGAGCUUAUGAAGGUGCGGAGCUGAUUCAGAAAUGUCCGCUGGUUAUUAAGAAGGAAAAGGUCUUAAGCCUUAUUGGUUAUCGAGGGAAGAAGAAAAGGAUAGAAACUUUUACGGACUUAUCGGAUGUGGAAGAUAAUGAAUUUCUUGGGGGUAGCUCUGAGGAUGGAGGCACCCCUAUGCAGCUUGACCAAAUAGAAGCAAUCAGUGAAUUGGAGGAUGUUGCAGUUGGAGACAGCUCCUUCAUGGACAUUCAUGAAAUUGACAAUGAAUACAAGCCUCAUAAUUCAUUUUAAGGUCGUGUUCUUAUUCGAGCUGUCGAGAUAACUUGCUUUCCAGUCUUCUUCUUCACAAGUUCAAAGUUUCAUGUAUAUGUACAGAUUUAAUCAGACAAAUUCUGCUUACAUCUAUAAACCAAGUUAACCAAUGGCGGACUGAUCCAUGUUAUUCCUUGUUCGUCCUAAACAUUGCCACUGGAACUCCUGAAAUCAAUGGUUCAGAAAGAAUGCGUGGAUGAUGCAUUUGGCAACUCUCAGCUCGCCUUGGUGCCACCAAGGACAUCAGAAGCAAUCUAUGUAAGGUGACAGGUUCAUUCUCAGUUAUUGGUCCGACUUAAUGAGUGCUGCAAUACUAAUCCGCUAUUCUGAAAAUGAACUUGCCACCCUGCAUUUGGAUCUCAAUUGUUGGGUCAAAGAGAUGAUUGGGUAGUAGCUAUCAGGGAGAACAUAGCCUAUCUUCCACUAUGAUAAUCGACAUUCUUUCUCUUGUUGUUACAAAUUAGAUGCCGAGCUCAGUUUUGUACCCGUAGGACUCAAAAACUGGGUGGAUCUAAUUUCGAAAACCAGUCUGUUUCAUUGAUCUAGCAAUUGAACCGCAGGUCACACUGGUUUCGAUCUGAUACUAGCAAAGACCGUCCAUGCAUGUACAACCAGACUGAUUUACUUGUGCUUUGUUUGACAAGCAACCAAUCAUUUUCACUGUGAAUUCUUGAUCUCAAUCUAUUGUUGAUGAAGCAACUGCUCUUUCUUAGUCAUCAAGACUAAGAUGCCAGAAAAGAAAAGGAUGUACCGAAUUUCUUUGCAAUCAACCAAUCUCCAGUAAAAGAAAGGUGCAGUGUAAGCAAACGAUCACUCAAGCGAGAAAAUCCCUCAACAUUGUUGUCUGUCCAUCCUUAAAGAGUGUGUCCUUGUCAAGGGACGUCGAUCUUCUUCUUCAACAUGGAGACCUCCGGGGUCAGGAGCAUGUUCUUCUCGCUGAACUACUUCACCUCCUCCCUCAUGAGGUCACUUUCGUGGAACACUUUCGGCAGUAUCCCCCUGAGGACACCCAUCUCCUUCCAAGAGUCUUGCAGGUCAUUCUCAAACUUGCUUAUUAUCUUCUCUUCCUUCUUCAGCAUCUGUUUUUUUUCUUUUUUUUCUUUUCUUUUUUGUGUGAUUCCUAUGAUGAAGUCUUUCAGGAAGUAAAGCAAAUGCCCAAGAGUUAUAAACAAAUAUACGUAGAGGCCAUCUUGCGAUGAGAUGCGACUGUUUUUAUCAUUCACACAGGUUGUAUGGAAUACCUGAAGUUCCAUGUCCUUUUAACUUGUGGCCGACGCAAGAAAGAUUGCCUAGUGCGUUCUGAACUUCGUGUUUGACAAUAUCAGCGCUUCUUACUGCCGUUGCAAGUUCGGCUCGGCGCUGCUCAACUUCCAGCCCUUUAGAGCAGAGCUUCUCUCUCAAUAAGCUCGUCGUUAAUUUUCUGCUUCAGUCUCUGAUGUUAGGGUAUCAUGUGGUAGAAUGGAAAAAUUCUUGAGGAUCCUCUAUGGGGAUGUUGUGGAGCAAUAGUUAUCUGUGUCUGUGAAGAGUAGAACCUUCAA